CUUCACACUGCACGGAACCACAGCCACUGUCUGCAAAUCCCCUUCCUUGCUUUUCUUCCUUCUCUCUCACCUGAAGAGAAGAGAACCAAACAACUGCAAAGGCAAUGGCUGGCUAUAGAGCGGAGGACGACUAUGAUUACCUCUUUAAGGUAGUCCUGAUCGGCGAUUCGGGAGUGGGCAAGUCCAAUCUUCUUUCCAGGUUCACCAAGAAUGAGUUCAACCUCGAGUCCAAGUCCACCAUUGGGGUUGAGUUCGCUACUCGCUCCUUGAACGUUGAUAGUAAAGUCAUUAAAGCUCAGAUCUGGGACACUGCUGGCCAGGAGAGGUACCGAGCUAUCACUAGUGCAUACUAUCGUGGGGCUGUUGGCGCACUUCUCGUGUAUGAUGUCACGCGCCAUGCAACAUUCGAAAAUGUUGACAGAUGGCUGAAAGAACUGCGAAACCACACGGAUUCCAACAUUGUUGUGAUGCUUGUUGCGAACAAAUCCGAUCUUCGUCACCUUGUAGCUGUUUCGACUGAAGAUGGGAAAUCUUAUGCCGAGAGGGAAUCGUUGUACUUCAUGGAAACCUCAGCUCUUGAGUCCACCAAUGUGGAGAAUGCAUUUGCUGAAGUUUUGACUCAAAUCUACCGAAUUGUUUGCAAGAAGGCGGUUGAGACUGCAGAAAAUGGAACGGCUACUGUGCCAGCCAGGGGAGAAAAAAUAGAUCUUAAAAAUGAUGUAUCUGCCUUGAAGAAAGUUGGUUGCUGCUCAAGCUAGCCUGGGAAGACAGAAUCCUGUUUUCCUGGUUGCUGUGGGUUCUGUUGUACUGUACGUGUAGUAUUCUGAUAUAUAAAGAUGAAGAAGAAUGAAAACGAACUCUCCAGGGCUUAUCAGGCUUGGUGGGUUAAACAAUGUUUCAUGCUCAAUAGCUGCUGGGGAAGCAGGUUGAUCAUCAUUGUUUUUUUAUUGCUAGUUAUUAGUUAUUAAUUUACUAAUAUUAUCAUUGUUUCUGAGAUGCUAACAGUAGCAAAAUUUCAAGCAUGGAAUGAAUUGAAUAUAGAGUUUCAUCAAA